ACUGCCCGCUGUGGUGUGUGCCUGCUCCAAAGCCCUUCCAGGAUAUCCGAUAACAGGGAGUGAACUGAGAUGCACCUCAGCAACAGCAGCAAGGCGGAGCUGGAGGAGGACAUCCAGGCGACGGGGAGACUCUACGAGCACGAGCCAGAACCCCAAGAGCACGUGAACGUCGGCACGGGCCCCACGAACAAAGUCUACAAGAAGCAGUACUUCUGGUAUACCAUAACUGCCUUUUCCAUCCUCCACGUCGGUGCCGUUUAUGGCAUCUACAUCGUAGCCACACGGGGAUAUUGGACAACGAUCAUUUUUGGUAUCCUACUGGGAUUAGCAUCGGGACUUGGAAUCACGGCAGGAGCUCAUCGCCUUUGGUGUCACAGGAGCUACAAUGCAAAAUUUCCCCUUCGUCUCCUCCUGGCGUUCCUCAAUACCGUCGCUGUUCAAAAUAACAUCUACACAUGGAGUCGAGACCAUCGCACGCACCACAGGUUCAGCGAGACGGACGCCGAUCCCUACAACGCGAAAAGAGGCUUCUUCUUUUCUCACAUCGGGUGGCUUGUGACCAGCAAGCAUCCGGAGGUGACGAGGAAAGGCCAAACCAUCGACUGCAGCGAUCUGCUGGAGGAUCCCCUCGUUUACUACCAAAGGAAGUACUAUUUCUGGCUGGCGGCGUUUUGCAGCUUUAUCUUCCCCGCGAUCACUCCCUGGAAGUUAUGGGGAGAAGACCUAUGGGUCGCCUUCUGGUUCUGCUCGGUCACGAGAUGCACCUUCGUCCUUAACGGGACGUUUUUGGUGAACAGUGCUGCGCACCUCUGGGGAACCAAGCCGUAUGACAAGAACACCGUAGGGAUGGAGCAGCCGAUCGUGGGAGCCCUGGCGCUCGGCGAGGGAUGGCACAACUACCACCACGUCUUCCCCUGGGACUACAAGACCUCGGAGCUGCCCUGGUACCGCCUGAACCUGACGACGAUGUUCAUCGACGCGGCCGCCUACCUGGGCCAGGCCUACGACCUCAAGACGGUCGACCCGAAGGUGGUGGAGCAGCGGGUGAAGCGGACCGGCGAUGGCUCUCACUUCAAGUGGGGGGACGAGCCCGAACGGCUGGAAAAAGAGCAGCAACGACUGGAACAGCAACAACAAUCAGAUACUUAUCCGACGUCCAUCGAUUCCAAAUUACUUAAAGACGAAUGAAACAGAGCAGGGCCAAAAAGCAUCGACAAUCAUUUGCGAAUCGUAAAAAUGAAUAUGAAUGUUGCAGUGGACCAGAAGUUAUCGCAAAGCAUCAUGCACGUCGUUUACUGUAUCAACUCGUGUUCGGCUGCACUGCGAAAAUGUUUCUGGAGUUAUAUUUUUGUAGCGGUGUUUGUGAGUGGCUUGCGCCAUGAUAUCUUGCUUUUGUACGGUGGUAUAUCUACAGUAUCGUUCAAAGUAUUUCGUCACCCUGAACUUCCCCUGAAAACACCGAAGAGCCAGGUUCAAACGUGAUACCGUAUUCCCGUUGCGACCGAAGAAAAUUUAUUUCUUACACUUUAGUGUUGCAGGCAAAAAAAAAUUCGAUCUGUCCAUAUCGAUGUAUGUAAACACUCCAGACAGACAACAUGCACAUAUCCUCCGUUGUUUAAAGCGUUCCACCCAAAAUUAAAUAUUUGGUGGAUUCUUUCGUUCGUUCCCAUUCUGCCACCACCCAAUGCUUUGAAUAAUUUGAAAUGUUUUUGCACUUUCUGCUGCCCGGAACUGAAUAAAACCUCCUCAAGCAC